AUGGCUUUGGUUAUGGAACCUAUAAGUAAAUGGACACCAAAGCAAGUGCUGGACUGGAUGAAAGGUCUGGACGACUGUCUCCAGCAGUACGUGAAGAGUUUCGAGCGGGAGCAGAUGGGGGGAGAGCAGCUGCUGCACAUCACCCAUCAGGAGCUGGAGGAGCUGGGCGUCACCAGAAUAGGACAUCAGGAGCUCAUCCUGGAAGCUGUCGACCUCCUCUGCGCCCUGAACUACGGCCUAGAGACAGAGAACCUCCGGACUUUGUCCCACAAGCUGAACGCUUCGGCAAAGAACCUCCAGAACUUCAUCCUGGGCAGACGGAGGGGCGGACACUACGAUGGACGAGCUUCCCGGAGGCUACCCAAUGAUUUCCUUACCUCAGUGGUGGAUCUGAUUGGUGCAGCCAAGAACCUUCUAGCCUGGCUUGACAGGUCUCCAUUUGCCAGUGUGACAGAGUAUUCAUUACUGAAGAACAACAUCGUGCAGCUCUGCCUAGAAUUAACUACCAUUGUACAACAGGAUUGCACUGUGUAUGAGACUGAGAAUAAGAUUCUCCAUGUGUGUAAGACCUUAGCAGGGAUAUGCGACCACAUCAUCUCUCUGUCAUCAGACUCUCUGGUCUCUCAGUCUGCCCAUCUGGAGGUGGUCCACCUUACCAGCAUCAUGCCCAGUGAAGGGCUGGGGAUGUAUAUCAAAUCGACAUAUGAUGGACUCCACGUCAUCACCGGAACCACAGAGAAUUCUCCGGCAGACCAGUGUAAGAAGAUCCACGCGGGGGACGAAGUGAUUCAAGUCAACCACCAGACAGUGGUGGGAUGGCAGCUGAAGAACCUGGUGAACGCUCUGAGAGAGGACCCAUGCGGAGUCAUCCUCACGCUGAAGAAAAGGCCCCAGAACACCCUGAGCUCCACACCGGCUCUGCUCAGGAACGUCCGCUGGAAACCACUGGGCCUGCAGCCGGUCCCCACCAGCCCCACCAGCACCUCCCCAACACCCGGUGGAACUUUAGGCAUGUCCAAAAUGGACGCCCCCAGCAUGCAGGACGUCUACAUCCUCUCUCCUGUGUCCGGACUCUACAGCACCAGGGAGGAGCUGGGCCUGAUGUCAUGUGACGACAUCAGCCGCUACAGCGUGAGCUCUCAGUCUGGCUCCAAAGGUUCAGAGGCAGUCAGCUACUAUCUUGACCAGGACAGCGGCCAGUACUUCUCCUUGCUAGAGGGAGACGGACCCCCAGGGCCUGACUAUGACAGGGGCCGCAACACAGGGGUUCGCCGGCGGGACAAGACCCCCACCCAUGGUGACCUCAGACCUGUUUCCAUGCCUCCCGAAUAUAACUGGAUGGCCGAGGCCAAGGAACCCAGCAUGGGCAAGAGAGGGAGCCGAGAUUCAGACAACUCCCUGCUGCGUUACCUUAGCGACGACAAGAUCCUGGUGAUCGAGGAGGAGCCUGAGGGUCCAGGCAGAGAGAGCCGGCGGGAUUCCACCAGACGCUCUCGGCGCAAGAGCCGCAAUCCCAGCAGCCCUAGCUUUCCCAUCAGUCCCUCCAUGUUGUCCUCAACCCUGCGUCUAGACCAGCCACCUGAUGCUUUGUCUCGAGGUGCGGACACACUGCGAGCAGACACAACAGACAGGUACUCGGGCUCAGGAAGCUCAGGAGCGGCCUCCAUGAGGAAGUCUUUCCAUUACACCUCUCUAAGAACGAAAACCAAAAAGAGAAGUAAAGGUUCCCUCACUAGCGCCAGUCGAAGGAGAAUCUCCUGUAAGGACCUGGGCCACGGUGACUGUGAGGGCUGGCUGUGGAAGAAGAAGGAUGCCAAAGGCUACUUCACUCAGAAAUGGAGGAAGUACUGGUUCAUCCUCAAAGAGUCCUGCCUCUAUUGGUACACCAACCAAAAUGAUGAGAAGGCUGAGGGCUUCAUCAGCCUCCCUGAGUUCAGAAUAGACCGAGCCAUAGAGUGCAGACGGAAAUUUGCCUUCAAAGCCUGUCAUCCCAAAAUCAAGAGCUUCUUCUUCGCCACAGAUUGUCUUGAGGAAAUGAACAGGUGGAUGAACCGACUGGGGCUAGCUGCCAUUGGCUACACACCAGAUGACAAGGUGCCACGUCCUGAUGAAGACUACUGGAGUGAGAGUGAUCAAGACGAGGUCGAUGGCUCGAUGACACUCAAACAGGAGGGACCAUCAUCCCUCUGUGAUACUUAUCACCGCACACCAUCAACUAACCUCCUCCACAGUUACGACCAGUUACCCCGCUCAGUCAGCUCCAUGAGCCUCAUGCGCUCCACUCCGUCCCCGCUCCCUCCACCAAUGAGUGCCUCCACCUCCCCCAUCCCUCCACAGAUGGUCUCUUCCACCUCCCCUCUCCCUCCCCAGGUCAAUUCUUCUAGCCCCUUCCCGGAGCCCAAGCACGGUCGACACUUCUCCAGCGAGUCCACACACUCCCACUCAUCAGCUGAAGACCAGCGUGGAGACAGCAUGGGCAUGGGCACGGGCACAGGCAGCACCAGUACACACUCGUCCGGCUGCCGCUCUUCCCAUCGUGAGCGUCGCUCCUGGCAGGACCUCAUUGAGACCCCUCUGACCAGCGCGGGGCUGCACUUCCUCCAGACAGCGCCGGGGGAGAGUGAUUACGGAGGCCUGAUGGGGAGCAUGGCCGGAGAAAUGGGGCUCUACGGAGGGCUGGGCAGACAGGGCAUGUCCCCGGAGAGACGCAGGCAGGCCACUCUGCCCGUACGGAGACACCAUGCCGCGGAGAGAGACAGGGAGCGGGACGGGCCCUUCCCUCUGGAGCGGGGGCCACACACACACAGUCACACACACCGACGCUCCCACAAGCAGCGGAGCCAGAGUCUGCCCAGGAACAGGGACCCAAUGCCUGGGAAACUGCUACACUCCUCAGCUCAUAUGGAGGAGAGGAGCGAGGACGAAGAGGCAGAGGGGCAGGCUGCAGACAUGCUCGAGGGUGAGGAGGACCUGCGGGAGUUGAGAGUUGAGAGCAGAGAGAGGAGGGUGUCAGAAGGAAGGGAGCGGCGAGUGUCAGAGGGCCGUGAGCCAGAGCCAUUAGAUGGUCUAGAGCAGCUGUACCGGGCCUUGGAGCAAGCUAACGUGACGGCCCUAGGAGACCCGAGACCUUGUAGCAGGCAAGAGCUUCGACGCUGUUUUACCCAGAGAGCCAGGGACCCUCUACUCAACGACAGGCUACACCGGGUGCGAGCCCUCCGCAGCACCCUGAAGGCCAAAGAGUCAGAGUUGGCAGUAAUCUGUGCCCUCCUGGAGGACCCUGGCCUGUGCUCCCAGACCUUCAGAGAGUGGAAGCAGUGGCACAGCGAGCUCUACUCGGACAUCUGCCAGCUCAGCCCCGGCACCAACGGCCAGGACGACCUCUCCCCGCUGGCCGCGCCUCUCAUGACUCACACACACUCCUUCAUUGAGACACAUGUGUGA